AAAACAUGGAAUCAACAGGUUUUCACCAAUUUCACCGAUCCGGAUCCAGUUCUUAGGUUCUUGGUUCCAUGUUUUACUCUCGAACCAUGCAACCACAGAACUGAUGUACGUGCAUUUCGUUGUUAAUCCUCACACAAUCUCUUCUAGGAACUUACUUGGAUGGGGCCAUACAAGAAGAAUCAAGAUUCAAUGAGGAGUUCGGAGGCCACCCGUGCAGAGGUGUCUGAACGUUUAUCCUAUGUAAUUCGUGGCCCACAGAUUACUUCAUCGCUCCCUGCUGUGCAGUGCAGCUCGGUCCCACCUCCCAAUUCUCAGUCGUUCAUCACUCACUCGGUGCCGUCGCGCGAUACCACUCCCAAUCGAUCGGAGCAAAAGAAGCAGCCGCCAGCGUCCGUGAUCAUGGCCUCCCUCGCUUGGAAUCACCGUCGCCGUCUGAUUCAGUGCUUUCCCCGGCCGCCCCGUUCGGGUUCCGCCGCCGAUUUCGGCCGCCGCCUCGUCCCCCCGUUGUACCCGAGCCGCGGAGUCCGGCGGUGGCUCGGCUCCGGAGGCGGCGGCUCGGCUCGGCCCGAGCUAGACGGGCGCAGCGCGUACGAGCUGCUGGGAGUGGCGGAGACCAGCUCGUUCGCCGAGAUCAAGGCGUCGUUCCGCAGGUUGGCCAAGGAAACUCACCCCGACCUCGCCGGGUCGUCGAACGACGCCGAAACUUGUCGACGAUUCGUUCAGAUUCUUGCAGCUUACGAGAUUCUCUCUGAUGCUGGAAAGAGGGCCCAUUACGAUAGUUAUCUUUUGACUCAGAAAAAGCUAGUACAGAAACUUUCGAAAGAGUAUUCAGUUUCUUAUAUGUACAGAUCGCAUGCAACAGUAUAUAAGGAGAUGGAAGUUGUUGAAUGGUUGAAGUGGUAUAGAUAUGCUAUCAAUGAUAUAUUGUCAGAGAACAAAGUGGUCACAGGAACAGGCUAUUUUGAUAUACUUGAAGGGGACUUCUAUUCAGCAAUACGUGCCGCAUAUUAUGGUCCUUGGAUUGAUUCACUGGAUCUUCUUCCCGACUGCUUUGAAGCCGAGGAGCGGUCUUUGCUUGAAACUCCGGAGGUAUUGCACUUGGUUUCGGGCCGAUAUCUCUUUGGUAUGGUCUGUCUGGUCAACAAGAUUCCCGAAUUAUCAUCUGCCUUCCAUGAGAAGUUAAAUUCUUAUCAAUCUGUGGGUCUUGGUGAGUGUUAUAUGAGAAAUAAUACAGACACUUCCAUCAAUUAUGGAAUGCAAGCAAAUGCUGAUAUUUCUCAGACAGAGACCAGUUGUACAAAUUAUGCAUCUGAUGCAUAUAAAGACCUGGAGUUAUAUAUAUCUGGAAGAGUAGUGGCCAAAGCAACAAGAUUACCUCCUCAAAGCUGUUGCAACGGAAUCAGGAACGAUGAUGCUGAUGAUCGCAUAUAUGUCUUUCUCAAUUCACAUAAGGACUGCAUGGAUAAUAGCCAAGAGUAUCUUUCCUCUAUAAGCUGCGGAGUUGGGUCAACUCCACUGGGAACAAUAGUAGGACUGGGGACCAGCCCAGAAGAAGGAACAUGCUUCGUUUAUGAUAGCAGUGGCACGAAAACCCAUGUGAUAAUGAAACACAGAACAUUUCUGGUGAAGCAUAUGCACUGGUAUCAAUGCGGAGAUAAGAUUUCCGUUUGUGAGUGCAGAAGUACUAGGGCCCGGCUACCCCCUAGCAAGUUUUGGCUGUUUCAGCCAAGGUGUGCGAUGCAUGAUAUUGGGGGCUGGUAUGUUGAAACAUUUGGAAGAGAUGAGAAAAGAAAAACAGUUCCAUCCCAGAGGUACUGGGAUGGUUCUGAUGUGGAGGGACAAUUUGACAAGAGACUCUACCCCGCUGUGUAUCUGCUUGCUCUUGCUUAUAGAACAUUAGAUAUUGAAGAUGUUAAGAGAAGGAAACAAACAGUCAGAGGUGUUGUGGAAGGACAACUCCUUAGACUUCUCAGUUGGUGCAAGAAGCAGCCCAAAGUUCACUUUUGGGUCCUAAACCUCUCCUUGGAUCAACAUAAGCUACAAAGAGCAAGCUCUGCAAUAUUUUGGCCUAAAGAAGACACAGAACUGCUGGCUUGCUUUAGAAAGCUGACUGUUGGGAUGUCAAUCAAUCUGAUCCCAGUAGGGCAGCCUCUUGUGAUCUGA